UUAGGUCUAGAUACCAAUGCAUUACAAAAUCUUUGGAACUGGGAAUUAGGAGUGAAAAUCUUCCUGAAUUUUUGUUAUAAGUUCUUGAAAUUAAAGUAAGAAUUUCAGUUGCUGGGUUGCCUAGGUAUAGAGGUGGUGUGGCUUUUGGAGGGGUUAAAGUUGGAGCCACUGAUGCAUAUAUAUUUUAGAGGACUCAGAAAAACACAGCAGUGGAGCCUGGGUCAAUCCACUUCUGUGAACAAGCAGUGACCAAUAGAAAAAGAAGAAGAAGAUCCAAGGAGGCUGAGAUACUAUUAUGGCAACCACAAUCAGUUUCAUCGUCUGGGUAUUAUUCAUGACAGAUACUGUGUGGACUCAGAGUGUGAGACAGGUCUAUGAGGUACAUGAACCCGGGGACUGGACUAUGGAUGACUUCGAUUGUCCCAGAGAAUGCUUCUGUCCCCCCAGUUUCCCUACUGCUUUAUAUUGUGAAAAUCGAGGUCUCAAAGAAAUCCCUGCUAUUCCUUCACGGAUCUGGUAUCUCUACCUUGAGAACAACCAGAUAGAAACCAUUCCCGAGAAGCCGUUUGAGAAUGCCACCCAGCUGAGAUGGAUAAAUUUAAAUAAGAACAAAAUCACCAACUAUGGAAUUGAAAAAGGAGCCCUAAGUCAGCUGAAGAAGCUGCUUUUCUUAUUUCUUGAAGAUAAUGAGCUGGAAGAAGUACCUUCUCCACUGCCAAGAAGCUUAGAACAGUUACAGUUAGCUAGAAACAAGGUGUCCAGAAUUCCUCAAGGGACCUUUAGCAAUCUGGAAAAUCUAACACUUCUGGAUCUGCAGCACAAUAAACUAUUAGACAACGCCUUUCAAAGAGACACCUUCAAGGGACUCAAGAACCUCAUGCAGCUAAAUAUGGCCAAGAAUGCCCUGAGAAACAUGCCACCAAGAUUACCAGCCAACACAAUGCAACUGUUCCUGGACAACAAUUCCAUUGAAGGAAUACCAGAAAAUUAUUUUAAUGUGAUUCCUAAAGUGGCAUUCCUGAGGCUAAACCACAACAAAUUAUCAGAUGCAGGGCUCCCAUCCAGUGGUUUUGAUGUGUCUUCCAUUCUCGAUCUUCAACUGUCUCACAAUCAACUCACAAAGUUUCCCCGCAUCAGUGCCCACCUGCAGCACCUUCACCUCGAUCAUAACAAAAUUAAACGUGUGAACGUCUCUGUAAUCUGUCCUACAUCUACUGCACUGCAUGCAGAGCAAGAUGUCUUUAUUCAUGGACCUCAGCUGAGCUACCUCCGCCUGGAUGGAAAUGAAAUCAGGCCACCGAUACCAAUGGAUUUAAUGACAUGCUUCAAGCUUCUUCAGGCUGUCAUUAUUUAAAUACAUCUUCACAAAUCUAAAUUGGUUUAGUGAGCUGAUGUUUCUGACAUGAGAUUUGGUUAUUUUUCAUAGGUUUAAGAAAAAAAAAUCAUAUUUGCAGUUGCUCUUGGUCACCAUUUUCAAUUGUACAGCUUAGUUUUUGUGUUUGAGGAGGCUUUCACCAAGAACUCACAGUGUGGCUUGUAUUAAUUUGCUUUUCUUUUAACAAAAGCAGACACAGAGUUAAGAUAAUUUAUCAACUCAAAGAUAGUUACUUUUUAUCUCUUUUACAACUUAUUAACCAGUAUCAAAUAAUGCAUUUGCAUUGUUACAGAAAAAAUACUUGUUUAUGUUCAAAUAAUGGAUUUACACAAUGAAAAACAUUUAUGUUCAAAAUCACUUAUGCAGAUACUAUAUUUACAGUAUAAAUACAAUAAUCAAACAGGAAGGUGAAAGAUCCAAAUAAAGCAAAAAUGCAGUAUUUCUUUACUAUAAUUUUGAUGAAAUAAAUGCAGAUUGCUGAAUAGCUUUUGGAAUUGAAAGUUUUGUAUUUAGUUCAAGAGUGUAUGAAAUGAAUCAAAUACUUCAAAUAAAGAGAGUUCUAGUCAGAAGACAUUGUAGUUCACUAAUUUUGUAACAAUUUCUUUUACAUAUAGUACACUGUUCUCUAGCAAUUAAAAGCUCUAAAUUUGAAAUUCAUUAAAACACCUUUCUUAUAGAAUCAGUAUCACAUCUGAAAUCCCCUUCAAUUGCAAAUGAUCUGUUCUUAUUCUGCCAAUGAGUUUUGUAUUUAAUAAAUAAAAAAGAGUAAUGCUUCUUAGCAAAACAGAAGU